AUGGCGCAAGCGGCGAGGCCACCGUCGUGGCACCCACCGAACCCUAGCCUAGCCGGCACCUUCCGGCUGGCGCCGGCUGCUCGCCGUCCCGACACGCCGCGGAGGGCCGCGCAGGACACACCUUGUGCAACAUGUGGUGAUGGUUCAGGGAUUUUUACCCGUUGUCAGUGCAAGCAGUACCCAAGACAGGAAGAAAUUCAUCACACUAAUGGGUCAACUUCCAGAGCCAAGGGAAUUCUAAGACCAGACUCUUCUGAUAAGCUGAAGACUCCUAGAUAUUCUGGCGGUACAUAUUCAAAACCCGAGGCACGAGUGAAGCUGAUUCCUGCAGAAGCCAUUACUUAUGUACAACAUCGGAAACCAUAUGGUAGAACUGUUGGCUCAGCUGGGUCACAAAAAAGGCAUUGCAGACGAAGUGUAACACCACCGCCAAGUUCACGUAAAGUAUCUCUUGUGGGAUCGACACCACUCACUCAAAAGCCUAUGCCAUCUGGUUCAUCCAAGAACCCGUGUUUAUUAUCUUCUAAAAGACUUGGGCAAACUGAAAAUGGACACCCAUCUGCUGGGGAGCACAUAAGUAGCUUUGUCACUCCCCGAAUCGCAUCUCUGAAGAACCCUGCAUCACCAAAUCGCAAAUCUUCACAACCUUCCAGUGCUAAUUUGAAUACUGAUGCUACUCCUAGAAAUAUUGACAGCAUGGACAUUACAAAGACACUCGCCGGGAGUUAUGGUUCGAGUAUUUUUCGUUCUCAGGACCAGAGUAGUCAAAAGCUGCCUGCUAGUUUACCAAAAGAGGCAGUGGUAAAUCCUGUGUCUCCUAGUCCCAAGCAAGUGCGUGCUCCACAUCCAAGUAAGGAUCCUCUUGGUACAAAGGCAGAACCUUCUUCUAAGAGUGUAGGCACACCUGAUAGUGGAAAGUUCUGUAAUAGAAUCAUCAAUUUAACUGCAAGUACUGCAGGUCCUGUCUUGCAAGCAUUAACUGUGGAGCCUGCUUUGUUAAGCCCAACAUCUGUGCUUAGUCAAAAGCCCAUGGAGGUGUAUCCAGAUACAAGAGCUGCAGCUCCAAUCAGGCAAGAACCAAGUGUGAAGCCUGUAUUGCUGACCCCAAUACCUGUUCACAGUGAAACUUCCACCGAUGUAUAUUGUAAUAGUAGAUCAAGCCCUAAUCCCAGCACAAAUUUGUUGAACAAGAAAAGCAAUCUGGCCACGCUGCAGCGCAAAGAUAUUUCUCCAAUACAUAGGCCACAGUCUAUGGCUUCUACAGAGCAUACUGCUUUGUCAAAAGAAAGAAACAUGGUGGACAAAAACAUUUCUCCGACACACAGCCAGUCCAUGAUUCAUACACAACUUACUUCACUGUCAAAAGAGAUUUCAGCAGCCUCAACUAAUUGUGACAGAUCUUCAGAAUACGCAGGAGAGCACAAGAAGCAUUAUCAAUCAGAGGCCCGUUGGAUGGGCAAAUUUCAUGUGUCUGGAGAGUUGACACAUACUUGUGAUGGACUUGAAGCCCAUUGCCCAGCUGUGAUGGACUGCAGAGCUUAUGAAGCUUCAAAGCAAAUGCCUGAAAUUUUAAAUUUAGAGGCUGUACCUCUUGACCAGCUGUGGCCAAAAAAGUUCAGGAUGAAACCCCCGGACGAUCAGGAUAUUAGACUAUGGUUUAUAAGCAGUCACCAAAGGCCACACAGGAGUUUUAAUCAUCUUGUUGACAAAGUUUCUUCUCAUAUUGGCCUGUUGACCAGCAUUGGUGAUGCUGAAUUGGCGAUAUUUUCAUCCAAGUUGCUCGCACCAGACUAUCAGAGGAAGAAUGAUGAAUUGUAUUUUUGGGGUGUCUUCGGGAAACAUCUGAGGAAGAAGUGGCGUAAACCCAACAAUCAUAUACAAAAUGUUAACAGAAAUUCCAGUCCACCAAAUGAAAUUUCUUGUGACAGAUCUGAGGAGAUAGGCAUGAAAUUGGAUGCAAUAAAAGGCAGGGAGAGACAGAAUGCCAUAUCUGAAAUUGGUGUGACAUUGGAUGCACGAGAAGGUGAAGAAAUAGACAAUACAAUGCAUGUCGCAAAAGACAGCGCUAUAGUGAGGGACAAUUAUGAGGGGAUUGCAGAGGCAUUGGAUUUAACAGGUGGCAAGGAGACUGAUAGGGACAAUGACUGCGUGGCAGUGCUCAGAACUCCUGAUUCAAACCCUGCAUCCAGUUGCACAGCUCCUGCUGCUUCACUUAACAGAUGCUGCAGUCAUGACUCUGCAAACAAGAACAAUUUUAGUUUAGAAGAUUCUGCAUGUCAACCUGCUGACAGAUCUUCGGCUAGCUCAGAGCUUAUGCUGGACAUGCCCCCUGGGUUUUCUCUAGAUGUGCCUCCUGGCUUCACAAAAGCUCACCGUCAGCUUCAGAUCAAAGAUACUCCAGUGUCUUAUGCCGAUGCUUUUACCAGUCUAGUCUUGGACUGUCCUCCAGGAUUUCCUAUUGAUAUUCCUCCUGGCUUUACUGAAGUUCACCGCCAGCUCCCUGCAAUUUCUUCUGCUAGACCAGAAGCUGGUGUUUCUAUCCAUGGCACUGAAACGAAGCCUCUCAUUAGGUUCUCUCUAAAUGUUCCAAGGUCUGUUAAAAUGGAAGAUCCUCCUGGAUUUACUGUGCAUGCGGUGAAAAAGGAGCCUUGGUUGCCUGUUCAUCAGAUCACAGAGAAGCAAACUCCAUCUCGUUUGACAUCUGGUGCAAUUUCUCGAAGGACAUGCGAUGUUGAUGAUGGCAUAUGA